GCCAUGCAACAGACAUGGGCGCGACGCAAAAGAACACAUAUCGCGGCCCUGUUGAGGGAUCAGAUCAGACAAGUGCGACCUCAGGGAAGCGGUGAACGAGAGAGAAAGAGAGAGAGAGAGAGAUAGAGAGGUACAUCAUCACCUAGGCAGUAGCUACGGAGUGCAGCCAGCGGCUUGCAGCCUUGCUGCAGCGGCGCGUCAAAACUGGCAGGCAGAUGCUCAGAUGAUGUCCACACUCUCUCCCAUCUCUUAUCUCUUCAUCUCACUCUUAACCUUGCUAAGCCCCUCUUAGCCCCGGCUGGCAUAACUCAAGAACACGACCAGGCCAGACACAAGAAACACCUGCCUGCCGGUGCCCGGUCGCCGGUCACUGGUCGACGGCCAUGGACUUCGACGACCACGACGACGGCGAUGAGGAGAUGGCGCCGAUGCCACCCGUGAUGAGCUCCAGCUACGAGACCCCGCCGCAGGUAGCUGGGCUCGGUGGCGGGCUGGCGCCCAAGCCGCCUGGCGAGCCCCGCAGCCGUGCGAAGGCCCCGGGCGGCGCCGGCGGGAGGUACCGCGAGUGCCUCAAGAACCACGCGGUCGGCAUCGGGGGCCACGCCGUGGACGGCUGCGGCGAGUUCAUGGCCGCGGGCGAGGAGGGCACCCUCGACGCUCUCCGCUGCGCCGCAUGCAACUGCCACCGGAACUUCCACCGCAAGGAGUCCCCUGCCGACGAGGGCUCUCCCAUCUCCCCCACCGCUAUUGUCGCCUACGGCGCCAUGCCGCACCACCAGUUCUCCCCGUACUACCGCACCCCGGCCGGGUACUUCCACCACCAGCACCACCACCACCACAUGACCGCGGCCGCAGGGCGAGAUCCGAGAACGCUGGCGCUCCCGUCCACCUCCCACAGCGGGCGCGACAACGGCGACGACCUGUCCGGGAUGGCAGGGCCCAUGUCGGCUCUGGGCCCGCUGAGCGGCAUGUCCCUGGGCACCGGCCCCUCCGGCUCGGGCGGGUCCGGAUCCGGCAAGAAGCGGUUCCGCACCAAGUUCACCCAGGAGCAGAAGGACAAGAUGCUGGCCUUCGCCGAGCGCGUGGGCUGGCGCAUCCAGAAGCACGACGAGGUCGCCGUGCAGCAGUUCUGCCACGAGGUCUCCGUCAAGCGCCACGUCCUCAAGGUGUGGAUGCACAACAACAAGCACACCCUCGGCAAGAAGCCGUAGCACCCGCCGUGACGCGCUCCGCACCGCAUGUCCGCAUGCAUGCACAAGGUCGGAAUCAACAAACACCCGCGCGUGCAUGCGUCCCGGUGCAGCCAGCGCUCCGGUAGGUACCCGCAUCUUCUUCGUUAGCAUUCGGCUUCGGCGCCUUAGUGGCGGCGGCGUAGGUUAGUAGCUAGUAACUCUUAGCGAGCGCGGUUCAUUCUUGGAUUUCUUAGGCAGUUCUUUCAUUCCUCUUUUAACUGUACUUGUUCGUGUUGUUUAAUUCCUGUGGCAUGGCCAUUUGUUCAUUUGGUUCUUCAUGGGAAUGUACUUGAUGGAUCGGCUGCCGGCGAAGAAAUGUAUCUGGGGAUUGGGCUGCAUGGAAUGGAUCAAUCCCGUGUGUGUGCAUGUCGACCAGCUUAUAUUUUUUGUGGUUGGGACCAGCAGCGUCGUGGGAUAAUUUUACUCAUGGGUCGGGCCGUUCUUUGUAGGUUUGCUAGUGCCACGCCUAAAGAAGAUAGACAAUUGUUGCAUUCGCUACUCUUUCUUCCCUUGUCUUCUU